AUGUCACCACAAUCGUCUAGGCUCGGAAAUGUUCUUCUCGCUGCAUCCCUCAUAAGCACCUCCGCCGCACAAAAUACCACGAAUACCACAGGACCAGCUGAAUGCAACCCGAGCGGCCGUACACCUUCUUACGAGCAGCCUGUAAAUGGCACAGGUACGUGGAACGUCUCUGUCGGGAACGCAAUCGACCUCUACGUCUCCCUCACAUUCGGCGAAUCCCGUAACAACCCUCGCAACAGCAUCGGUAACCGCGUCUUCGACCCAUGGACAUACGCAUACAUUAGCGCUCCCGAAAACACCACAACCCAAGCAUGUCUAUUUAUGUUUGAUGCACUAGACAAUCACCGGCAAGGCGACGGCCAGAAUGGUUGUGACGGCGUGAUAUCACAGAAAUGCCAAGAUCUACUGGAGAAGAAAUAUCAAUUUCCUGUGAACAUUCUUGACCUCAUCGACAGCUCAUCAAAAGGUUUUCGAUGCCCUAGCUUGACGCUUGACAAAGAUGAAGUGGACGAGGCUUGUGGUGAAGGGUUCUUCGGCGGAAUUAGCACGACCCUUACAGCAAAUCUCACAAACACUACUUGCAACGCCGCUCCUCCAGGCAUCGACGUACCAGCUGGCUUCAGCACGCGCGGACUCUUCGGUACGGGGCCCACAGAAGCACCCUGGGAGUAUGAUACCGAUGUCGACAAUUUCACUUGGUACGAUGAAUACAUUACGAGGCCUGUCCCAAUUCUCGUUGCUGCUGCAUCUGACGAUGCUCCGGGCGGUGUGACAAAGGUCGUUUGCAUUGCGCCUGAUCAUGUGCGAGAGGGAAGUCGUGUGCCGCCCGAGUCUGUGAACAAUGAGAAUGCAGCAGCGGGUAUGGAGUGGGGUAGGAAAGCGGGGAUGGCGACAUUGGUGGCAGGUGUGGUGGUUAUGUCUUUUGUGAUUGCGUAG